CUUCGUGUGGAGGGAAAAGAUUAAGAAGUCAGGUACGCUAAAAUGAGCAGUGUAGGGUUUAGAGAAAGAAGAUAGCGUCAGUGAACUGAAGAAGGUAACUUAGGAGGGAAACGGAACGAUAAAGUAUUUGAUUUUGCACCCAAAUGCGAAUGUGAUGGCACAUGUUCUUCUGCUUCGCCCUCCUCUGCUUCGCGUCAUGUCCUUUCGCUUCAUCACCUCCUUUUCCUUCCACUCGCGCCUUUCUUCAUUCCCUUCUUCUACUCUCUCCAAAACCAGGACGAGUUUUCCUCUGAGAAAAUUUUGGGCUCCCUGUUCGGUUCCAAAUGCGGUCACUCCAAGGGCGUUUAUGUCUUCUAUCUCGACCACCGAAGCUUUUCACAAUAGUGAAAGUCCCACAGCUUAUAGUUCUGAUCAAAUUCAGGUGCUUGAAGGCUUGGACCCUGUGAGGAAAAGGCCCGGGAUGUAUAUUGGAAGCACCGGCCCACGGGGGUUGCACCAUUUGGUGUAUGAAAUUUUGGAUAAUGCUGUUGAUGAAGCUCAAGCUGGGUUUGCUUCCAAGAUUGAUGUUGUUUUACUUGCGGAUGAUUCUGUGAGCAUCACAGACAAUGGUCGCGGGAUUCCUACUGACUUGCAUCCAGUUACAAAUAAAUCUGCCUUGGAGACAGUGUUGACGGUCUUGCAUGCUGGUGGAAAAUUCGGUGGUGCCAACAGUGGCUACUCUGUUUCAGGAGGUUUACAUGGUGUUGGUUUGUCUGUUGUUAAUGCUUUGUCUGAGUUGCUAGAGAUAACAGUUUGGCGUGAUGGAAUGGAAUACAUGCAAACAUAUUCUCGUGGAAAGCCAGUGUCAAUUCUGAAAUGCCUUGUGCUUCCAGAUGAAAGGAAAGAUCUUCGAGGGACACGUGUUAGAUUUUGGCCUGACAAAGAAGUAUUCACCACUGCUAUUCAGUUUGAUCACAACACAAUUGCCGGACGCAUUAGGGAAUUAGCUUUCCUCAACCCAAAGCUUACAAUCACGUUUCGGAAAGAGGACAAUGAUCCAGAAAAAGUUCAAUAUAAUGAAUAUUUCUAUGCUGGGGGAUUGGUUGAAUAUGUGAAAUGGCUUAACACCGAUAAGAAAGCUCUUCAUGAUGUUCUGAGUUUUAGAAAAGAAACAGAUGGCAUCACAGUUGAUAUAGCUUUUCAAUGGUCUGAAGAUGCAUAUUCAGAUACAAUACUGGGAUAUGCUAAUAGUAUACGCACUAUUGAUGGUGGCACUCAUAUUGAUGCUAUGAAGGCUUCUAUAACAAGAACUCUUAAUAGUCUUGGAAAGAAGUCCAAAGUUAUUAAGGAGAAGGAUAUUACUCUAAGUGGCGAGCAUGUGAGAGAGGGUCUAACAUGUGUUGUCUCAGUCAAGGUCCCAAAUCCUGAGUUUGAAGGACAAACAAAGACAAGGUUAGGAAAUCCAGAGGUGCGAAAAGUGGUUGAUCAAUCUAUUCAGGAAUAUCUUACUGAGUAUUUAGAAUUGCAUCCAGAUGUUCUUGAUUCAGUACUUUCUAAAGCUCUUAAUGCUUUUAAGGCAGCUCUGGCAGCAAAAAGAGCAAGGGAAUUGGUGAGACAAAAGAGUGUUUUGAGAUCUUCAUCCCUUCCAGGAAAACUAGCUGAUUGUUCAUCUACAGAUCCUGAAGAAUGUGAAAUCUUUAUAGUUGAAGGUGAUUCAGCUGGAGGAAGUGCUAAGCAAGGGCGUGACAGGCGCUUCCAGGCCAUUCUCCCUCUGAGGGGUAAGAUUCUGAAUAUUGAAAGGAGGGAUGAAGCAGCAAUGUACAAAAAUGAAGAGAUCCAAAAUUUAAUUCUUGGUCUUGGUCUCGGGGUGAAGGGAGAGGAUUUUAAGAAAGAUGCACUCCGAUAUCAUAAGAUUAUUAUUUUGACUGAUGCUGAUGUGGAUGGUGCCCACAUCCGAACACUGCUACUGACAUUUUUCUUCAGAUAUCAGAGGGCUUUGUUUGAUGAAGGUUGCAUAUAUGUUGGUGUUCCACCAUUGUACAAGGUUGUAAGGGGAAAACAAGUGCACUAUUGCUAUGAUGAUGCUGACCUUAAAAAGCUUCAAAGAUCAUUCCCUCCUAAUGCAUCAUACAACAUGCAAAGGUUCAAAGGGUUGGGAGAGAUGAUGCCUUUACAACUAUGGGAAACAACCAUGGAUCCAGAACGCAGGUUAUUGAAGCAAUUAAAAGUUGAGGAUGCAGCGGAAGCAAAUAUUGUUUUUUCCUCUCUUAUGGGUACUCGGGUGGAUUUUCGGAAGGAACUUAUACGAAACUCUGCAAGCAUGAUUGAUCUUGAUCAGCUAGAUAUUUGAUGGUGCAGCUAGAUGUGGAGAAGUGGAAUGCCUUCCAUAUUAACCAUACACUACAAUACAGUCAAGCACAAAAAAAUUUCUAUAUGCUGGGGAAUGUGGAGAGGUCUUGAAUGAAAGCAAGGCUCCUGUUUUUUCAUUGGUGCCAUUUGAUGAUUUAGAGGAAGGGUUUACUAGCACAAAAUGGAGUUGCACUUUUAGUUGAUGGGAAAUAUUUGGGAGGCAUGUUGGAGGUUCUAAUUUUAUUUUAAAAAAUUUGUCAAGCGCAUAUGUUUUUUGCCCCCACCUAUGUAUGGUCCCAAAUUUUGUAACUGCACGUGUAAUCAUAUUCAAGUACUUCAGAUGUUACCCUUCACAGGUUACCAUUAAAAUGCAAGGUUAAAGUUUACUGUGAGUGUACUGUGAUCAAACUGGGUCGAGUAUUUGCAGAAAUACUAGAAUUGAAACUUUUUUUGUGUUCCUAAAUUAUGUUUGAACGGUCAAUGACUGAAUGAAACGCGUGUAUGGGGAGGCAUCAACUUUAAGGAACAUGACAAAGGCUAUAUUCACUGAUAUACUGCUACUUAUUAAUCUGCCAUUUUGAUA